AUGCUUGCCUUCGCGACGUCGCCGUACAUUGUCACCACUUGGAUCGGUGGGCCGAUGGCCGACAGCAUCUUGGCCGGUCCUGGCUUCCGAUGGGGCUUUGGUAUAUUUUGCAUCAUAACCCCCGUGGUGGUUGUACCACUCUGCCUACUGUUCCUUUGGGGCGAUCGAAAGGCAAAGAAAGCUGGCGUCAUUCCGAAUAGACACACGAAUAUCACCCUGAAGUCUAUCAAGGAUUAUUGCAUCGAGGUUGAUUUGUUUGGCCUCUUGUUGCUGGCGGCGGGCAUGUCGCUAUUCCUACUUGGGCUGAGCAUCUGGUCAUACCAGGCCCAGCAAUGGCGGUCUCCGAUGAUCAUCUGCAUGCUCGUUUUUGGAGCUCUUCUUAUCAUUGCUUUUGUUCUAUACGAGAAGUAUUUGGCUCCGGUCACCUUCAUCAAAUACGAACUCUUGGCUGAUAGAACGGUGUUCUUCGCUGGCGUAAUGUUUGUCUUCGUUUUCUUCAACUCGGCCGUUUGGGGAAGUUACUUUGUUUCUAUGCUGCUGGUUGUCUGGAACCAGAGUGUCACCGAAACAACAUAUAUCAGCAAUAUCUACCGCGUUGGGUCAUGUUUCGCGGCAAUACCCAUCGGAUACGCCAUUCGAUACACGGGAAGGUUCAAAUGGGUCGCACUAUACUACGGUCUUCCCCUAAUGAUGCUUGGCGUUGGGCUUAUGAUCAAAUUUCGACAGCCCGACAGCUCAAUUGGCUAUGUGAUCAUGACGCAAAUAUUCGUUGCAUUUGCAGGAGGCCCUCUAGUCAUCGCCGGUGAGAUGGCCAUGAUGGCACCAUCGGAUCAUCAGUACAUCGCCACGAUCAUCGCCAUUCUCGAUCUUUUCGGUAGUAUCGGUACCGCUUUGGGAUCUGCCGUCUCAGCGGCCAUCUGGACGGGGACUUUCUUACCUGCUUUACGGAAGCAUCUCCCUGCGACAGCCCCUGUAGAAAGGAUUUACAGUAGCUUGUACAUACAACUUGCUUAUCCGGUCGGAAACCCAACGAGAGUUGGUAUCAGUCUAGCAUAUGGCGAGGCCCAACGAUAUAUGCUCAUUACUAGUGUUUGUCUCUUGGCUGGUGCAUUUAUCGCGGUUGCUCUUUGGAGGGAUAUCAAGAUCAAGGACAUCAAACAGGUUAGGGGAACUGUGGCUUGA